ACGAGCCAGUGCCAUUCGGUUAACUGUGCAACACUUUCUUGCUCAGUUCAGUAAUUGAUUUGAAUGAUUUCAAUUUGUUAUGAUAAGAGUAUUAUUUCGAGUUAAUGUUGCUUAAACCAAGAUUUAUUUGUUGUUAACUAUGGGCUGCAAAGAAUAUAAUAAAAAACAAAGUAAAGCUUAAAUUACCAUACUAUGGAGCAGUCCUAUUUAUCGCUAAAAACUGCCGAAGGCUACACCGCACACAUCCUCCGUGCAGGAGACACAUAUGGUGCCAUAGUAAUGGACAACACAAUUGCAAGAUGCUGCCAAGUCUUUGAAGUUCCAGUGAAGGUUGGUUUCCCGUUUUCUGAAAAUGCUAUCAUCCCUUUGGAAAUCAACCCAAAACACGUCCAUCUCCUAUGUGCGAACGGUCAACGGGUGUUGUUCAUAGGCCGUCUAGGACUUCACGGCGGUGGCCAUAGCCAAUCCUGCUCAGGGGAACCAUGUUCAGUCUAUCAUUGUACCAAAUGUGACUAUACUUGUCCAAACAGUAGAUGCGUGGAGUAUUGCACACAUAUUUCAAGACACAAUUGUGCUCGGCGAGUUGCGGAAAAGGAAGAAAGGCAGCGAAAGCAGGAGCUUCUGCGACAGGAAGCCGAGAGACGGCGCCGUGAACAGGAAGAAAAAGAAAAAGAAGAAAGGCAGCGAAAGCAGGAGCUUCUGCGACAGGAAGCCGAGAGACGGCGCCGUGAACAGGAAGAAAAAGAAAAAGAAGAACGGCAGCGAAAGCAGGAGCUGCUGCGACAGGAAGCCGAGAGACGGCGCCGUGAACAGGAAGAAAAAGAAAAAGAAGAAAGGCAGCGAAAGCAGGAGCUUCUGCGACAGGAAGCCGAGAGACGGCGCCGUGAACAGGAAGAAAAAGAAAAAGAAGAACGGCAGCGAAAGCAGGAGCUGCUGCGACAGGAAGCCGAGAGACGGCGCCGUGAACAGGAAGAAGAAGAAUGGCAGCGAAAGCAGGAGCUUCUGCGACAGGAAACCGAGAGACGGUACCGUGAACAGGAAGAAAAAAAAAAAGAAGAAAGGCAGCGAAAGCAGGAGCUUCUGCGACAGGAAGCCGAGAGACGGCGCCGUGAACAGGAAGAAAAAGAAAAAGAAGAAUGGCAGCGAAAGCAGGAGCUGCUGCGACAGGAAGCCGAGAGACGGCGCCGUGAACAGGAAGAAAAAGAAGAAUGGCAGCGAAAGCAGGAGCUUCUGCGACAGGAAACCGAGAGACGGUACCGUGAACAGGAAGAAAAAAAAAAAGAAGAAAGGCAGCGAAAGCAGGAGCUUCUGCGACAGGAAGCCGAGAGACGGCGCCGUGAACAGGAAGAAAAAGAAAAAGAAGAAUGGCAGCGAAAGCAGGAGCUGCUGCGACAGGAAGCCGAGAGACGGCGCCGUGAACAGGAAGAAAAAGAAGAAUGGCAGCGAAAGCAGGAGCUUCUGCGACAGGAAACCGAGAGACGGUACCGUGAACAGGAAGAAAAAAAAAAAGAAGAAAGGCAGCGAAAGCAGGAGCUUCUGCGACAGGAAGCCGAGAGACGGCGCCGUGAACAGGAAGAAAAAGAAAAAGAAGAAUGGCAGCGAAAGCAGGAGCUGCUGCGACAGGAAGCCGAGAGACGGCGCCGUGAACAGGAAGAAAAAGAAGAAUGGCAGCGAAAGCAGGAGCUGCUGCGACAGGAAGCCGAGAGACGGCGCCGUGAACAGGAAGAAAAAGAAGAAUGGCAGCGAAAGCAGGAGCUUCUGCGACAGGAAGCCGAGAGACGGCGCCGUGAACAGGAAGAAAAAGAAAAAGAAGAACGGCAGCGAAAGCAGGAGCUGCUGCGACAGGAAGCCGAGAGACGGCGCCGUGAACAGGAAGAAAAAGAAAAUGAAGAAAGGCAGCGAAAGCAGGAGCUUCUGCGACAGGAAGCCGAGAGACGGCGCCGUGAACAGGAAGAAAAAGAAAAAGAAGAACGGCAGCGAAAGCAGGAGCUGCUGCGACAGGAAGCCGAGAGACGGCGCCGUGAACAGGAAGAAAAAGAAAAAGAAGCUGAAAAGUGUGAAAUCCGACAAACAUUAAAAGAAGCAGUUGCAGAUUCAGAGCUAACAAAUACAAAGAAUAAAACUGAUAUCAGUGAAACAAAUUGUGAUAGUACUAUAGAAACUGUUUUGUACAAUCGAUAUGGAAUUUUCACAGAGGUGGAUAUCAAACAAAGCAAUAGCACACCUUUGCUUUCAUACAAGGUGUUUCAAAAUUUUCUUUCUAAUUUCGAUCCAUCACAGAACCGAUUUAUCGAUGAUAUUGAUAAAGCAAAAAGUAGGGGAGAUCCUAAAACUAAACCUCAAAUAACUGUGACUUGUAACACAAGUGCAGCUCGUAAUCGGUUCUUGAACCAGUUAAAUGAAAAUAUUAUCAAACAUAAAAAACUCAAUGACACUGACACAAGCACUACUUUGAAAAAAGUUGAAGCUUUCAAAAAAUUACGUCCGGUCGUUGAAAAACAUAUUUCUAAAGUUGAUGCCUCUAUACUGCAGACAAUUAUGGACUACGCUCUUCGUGGUGGGGUACUGCAAAAAAAAGUGGUAAAAAAAUACCCUGUUUUCAAAUGGGUUGAGCAAAGCCUUGUAUUAAAUAUUGUACUUUUUUCAAGCAUUGAUUCGAUCGACUUUGACACAUUCAGAAAAAAUUGGAUGGAAAUUACACUUAUUUUCAACUGGGAGCAACGGAUUAAACUGCUCUAUGAUUUAGAAACCAAACAGACAUUGUUGAAACUAACGCUAUCCCAAAUCAACGAAAUAACUGCAUUGGUGCUGCAUUCAAGAAGUGAAGGUUUGAACAUAUUAACAACCAAAUCUUGCGGUUGGUACUGUGACCUGAAGCGUUUAUGGCUUCUACCGAGACUGCAACAGUUCAGUUCAGAGCAACGAGAUGCAUUAUUGGCUUCCCUGAUUGAUCUUCCAUGGAGUAUCACAAUGACAAAACAAUUUCUUCGUUUUGUGAAUGGUCAAACAAACGUGAACUUCCUGUUGGAACUGCUCAAACUCAUUCAAGUUGAGGAGCCACCUUUUUCUUUGGUGAUGUAUAUUUUACUCAAUACAUCUCAGAGCGAAUGGACAAUUGAAUUGACAUAUUAUGUGUUUGUGCGGAAAAUAUCCUUGAAGUCGCAACCACUAGCCCAACAAAUCCAUAUUUCGAUCGGUAAUCGGCUACGAACAAAAAGUAUUUUUAAUUUGCUCGAACAACUCGUUACUAAGCACUAUCAGCACUUUGAGAGAAACGUGCAAUUAUUCGGCACAAUUCUAGAACGACUUUUAAACUAUAAACUCCUGUCAAAUGUGUGGGAAAAGGUAAUAAACGCAGUUGUUAACGAAAACAACGUAGAUAAUUGGUUGAAACUAGCUGAAAAAACUGCUGUUGGGAACAUAUUCAAUGCUUCGCGAGAAUACGAAACAGAAGAACUUAUUGAAAAAAUUGACAUUUCUUUGAACAACUGCAACAGUCGAAUGAAUUUGACUCGUGAAUUGAGGUUGUAUUAUAAUUCGCAAAUGAUAAAAGGGGUUGCGGACCAUGUUGCUGACCCUAUUAGUUUAUUACAAAUUGGACUGCGAUUGUUGAACACAAUCAAUGUUGCUGGAAUCAAAAGAAGUGGUGCCACUAUCUAUGAAAAAACAGCAGUAGUUGUGGCAGCUGCUCAACGGUGCCAUAAGUUAGUGCCACGAACCACUCAAAUUUUAUCGAUAUUAAUUUUAUUGAAUUCAGAAACAAACAAGGGUCGACUCUUGCAAAUUAACACUGGCGAGGGCAAAUCAAUCAUCGUCGCCAUUCUGGCUGCCAUUCAUGCAAUAGGAGGGAAGAAAGUAGAUGUGGUCACGACAUCUACUGAACUAUCUAAACGGGAAGUGGAGCGGCAACGAGCAUUUUUCGAAAUGCUUCAGCUUACCGUCGACGAGAACAGUUCCGGUCGGGACAAAAAAACGAUUUACAGCUGUGACGUAGUGUAUGGGACCGCUUCCGAUUUUCAGGGUGACAUUCUCAGAACCGAAUUCUUGGGUAACGACUGCAGAGGUAAUCGCAAGUUUGAAGUGGUAAUCGUUGAUGAGGUCGACAGCAUGUUGUUCGAUAGCCGAAGUCAUAGCGUCAGACUUGCUGAUCAAUGUCCUGGUAUGACCCAUCUCGAAGUUCCCUUGGCUGUUGUUUGGCAGUUUAUACAUCACACAAAUCAGCACAUGAUAUCCAAAAAUGGCAAAGUGUACUUCAUUGCUGAAGACUUUGAAGUUCAUGGACAUGACGUAAAACUGUUGUCCGGAGAGAAUUGGUUAACUGCGGCGACUGAAGUCGAUGAUAAAAAAGAAUUCAUUAUUGAACAUGGCCAAAAGCACUUGCAGAAACUUCUCCGAGAGCUUGCAGAAGAUGAAAAAUGUGAAUACCAAACGUACCAAGAUUUGAACCUUAAAAUUCUUGCGAAGGAGCAAGAAAUAUCAUUGGACAGUAGCAAUGAUCAAUUGAAGAAGGAAUGCGAUAAAUUACGAGCAGAACUGUUCCAGCUCCCCUGGAACCGAAGGCAUCCCAUCAUCGACAUACCCGAACACCUAAGGGCAUUUGCACUGACUCAGAUUCCAAGCUGGAUUAAAAACGCAAUACAAGCUGCAUGGGGGUUUCAACGGGAUGCACACUAUGCAGUAAUGAACGGAAAGAUCGUGCCGAUCAACUUCAAAGAGACUGGUGUGCUCCAAUCCAAUAUGGUGUGGAGCGAUGGUCUCACCCAGUUCUUGCAACUCAAGGAAGGGCUUUGCAUGGAUCCGGAAGCUGUUUCUACAAACUUUAUUUCAAAUGUGUCCUUUUUCAAUCGCUAUGGUUCUAAUGUAUUUGGAUUAACUGGAACUCUUGGCGAAGAAUCCACCCAACAGUUUUUGCGAUCAAUGUAUGGAACUGACAUGGUUAUAAUUCCACCAUACAAGCAAGUAGAAAUUCACAACAACCAAGAUUCACUAUAUCGUUGCAAAGAACUAAUGUCCUUAGUGUGUCCUAAUGUGGGAAUGUGGUAUAAAACAAUAAAGGAAAAUGCCUUGUAUCAUGCCUCAAGUAAUCGUGGUGUACUGAUUAUAUGGCAGUAUAUAUUUCAAGUUGAACACAUCUGCAACAUGCUGAAAAAGGUUUACGACCCUAAAAAAAUACAUAAGUAUACUGGAACAGAUGCAACAUUUAAUAAAACAACUAUUGAUUCGGGAGAAAUUAUCUUAGCUACGAACAUUGCCGGCAGGGGAACGGAUUUCAAAACAUCACAGGCAGUUGAAAACCACGGAGGAAUGUGUGUCAUAGUGACGUUCCUACCCGAGAGUAAUCGCGUUGAAAUGCAAAAUGUCGGUCGAACUGCCCGCGAAGGAAAACGUGGUAUGGCUCAGCUAAUUGUCCUCGACAAAGAUAACACGCCGAUGGAAACAUUGAAAACAUUGCGCAGUCUGAAUGAGACAGAAGCUGACGAGAAAGCCACCGAUGAAGCCAAGAGGAUGUUGGUACAAGACGCACUCUUUCAACGGUUUUGUACUCUUGAAAAUAAGUUUUUGCCAAGCCAUGACGUGGUAAGAAAUGUACAGCUUUGGAACUUGUUGCAAAUAAAUUGGGCUAUCUUCUCUAGUGAUCAUCUAAACGCAAGAAAGAUUGCCGAGGAGUCAAGGAAGUUGGAAUCAAAAACCAUACAACAAUACUUAAAAAAAAAGAAGGAAAAGAAAUUGGAAAAACUAACCAAAGAAGAAAUUGACACAACUGUAUCUGAGGAAGUAGCCAGCAUGAAACCUAAAUUCGAAGCUCUUUAUAUACAAAGUAAGAGAAACGAAUUUUGUCAACAACAGUCGUCUCACAUGCCAAAAGAACUGAUUGAUUGCUUUAAAGCUAAUAAAGCGUAUGAGCCCUUGAUAACCAAGGAUGCUCGCGACUUUAAGUGGACAUUGUACGAUAGGAAAGGAGCAGAGGAGUCCUGGGGUAUGUGGCUGAAGAGCAAACACUUUGUAGAAAAUGAAGCAACAGAAGAUCAAGCUUCCAAAAUAUUUGAGGAAGAAUUUGUCAAAGAAUUCGAAACAAGAGCUAAAACUGAUCAACUUAUAAGGAAUCCUUUUUUCUACGUUCUCAAGGGUAAUGAUGCUUUGGACAGGAAGGAUGUGGAAGCAGCGAUUAACUGCUACGAUCGCGCUAUACAGCUUGAUCCCACAUUCUCCGUUAACGCUCGGUACAAUAAAGCGCAAGCUCUACUUACGUAUGCAGAAAAUAAGUUAUCUAGACAAGAUGAAGCCAAAAAGGAGCUGCAGAAAGCAAAGGACAUGAUUGCAGCUGUGUAUCGCCCUAGUCUACUAACGUUCAACACCUUGAUAUCCCAGGGAACAUGCUCGGAAUAUGCUUCGCAGCACGUUCAACAUCAGCUUAAUAUUCUGAGUAAACAAGAAGAAUACAUUGUCAGAGCCCUAGAAAUCUUAGACCAGGCUUUGAAGAAUAAAAACAAUGUAAAGCUCACGCUCAAGAAACUGCCCACCGUCCUAAGUGAAGCCAAAGAAGAUCAUGGAAAAGCUAUCCAAGAAGCGGCCCAGAAUGGACUGACUCAUCUGUUCAUGGUUGAGGAAGAGCUUCCACGCCCCUGGGGUAGUAUAAUUUCGAUAGCGUUGAUUGGUAUAACUCAAAUAGCAGCCGGAUGUCUUAUCGUAGCCUGUACCGGAGGUGCUCUGGGGACGGGACUAAUUGCCGAGGGAGUAUCCGAUAUGAUAACUUCGGUACGUUCGGCAAUCACUGGAACGUUCAGUUGGGCUGCCUGGGCCGCACAAAAGGUGAUCGGUUUGGCCGUAUCGAUUGUCUGCGCUGGAUUCAGCGGAAUCAAGAGUGGUAUGAAAGCAGUUGUGAAUACGGUUAAAGAUCUCCGCAAAGGCGUUCAAAUGGCAAAGGGUGGUAUAGAGCUUGCCGUUAAGGAAGUGGGCUUAGCCGUUGGAAAGGGUAUUGUGAAGGAGUGCUUAACCGAAGGAAGCAAAUAUUGUACGGACCGAACGAUUAUGAACAAAGUCGAAGAAAUGAUUAGUCAAAAAGUAGGAGAACAGCUGACAGCAGCUCUGCUUAAAAAUGAUUUAAUAGUUGCAGCAUUACAGGAUGAUGAAGCAAAUGGGUCUAAUUAUUGGAAACAAAAAUUUAUCAACGAUGGAUUGGACAUUUUGAAAGAUGAACGUAUGAACGAGUGCCUUAGAAUAUUAAAAGAAAUAGCUAAAGGAAUUGCGUCUAGGCAGAUACCAUUAGCAAGCGAUAUUUUAACGUAUAGCGGAGUUUCAGUAUUUCUAAAAGAGCUCAUGACGUACACUGAAGAUUUUAUCAAAAAGUUUAACAAACAAGUAUCCAAUCACAGAAGUGAAAUCAAUUCAAUAGCAGGAGCAAACUCCAAUCCUCAACAAACAACCCCACAAUCAAUUUUAAUCCCGCAAACUCAACAACAAACUCUUAUAUCAAAUGCUCCAAAUGUUGACGUUGAAGCAGAAGAUAUCAAAGUUCAUACGCUACAGGACGAUACUUCGUAUAGUUCGAAAUGUACAUUCGGAAACAAGCAGUUGCAGUCCAAUUACGUUGAAGCUUCAACCCCAGAAUCAUUGGCGAAUGCGUUCAAAUCUCGAAUUGCUGGUAAACUAGCUGCCUCAGCCAGAGAAAGCAUAGUGAACCCUGCUUUAAGUAAUGCCACGUCUUUCGUUACAACCAAACUAUUCACAUCCUGUGAAAAAUCGGUAACUAAACUAAGAAAAGAAAUUAAAACUGCACGCGACAAGCGAAGUUGUGACAAUGACCUAGCGAACACUGGAAGGAAACGACCAGACAACAAGAACAAACAACACAAACAGGAAGAUUUGGGUGAACACUCGAAGAAAGCAAUUAAAGAACUUUCAACUGAAGGAAUCGCUCACGAUACCACAAUUUUAGCAUUAGCUGCGGCGGAAACAAAGCGUCCAAUUUAUGUGUAUGACGAGAAAGGCAAUCUAAAGGAUGUGCUUGGAGACAAUCUAUCUGGAGAUCCCAUAUCGUUGAUACAUUCACCACCCUCCGAAGAACACCCCCUUGGACACUUUGAACCACUAAAUCCAAACGUAGAGGUAACACCGUCUGGAAUAAACACGUGUGCUUUUGACUCGGUGUUUGCACAACUAAGUCAAGAGCAGAAAGACAGUUUAAAGUUGAAUGAUCCGUCUGACCUACGCGAACGACUCGUUCAACGUAUCAAUAGCAAUCCCGCUGAAGCAGAACGUGCUUUUUCCAAAAGAGCUGAAUUGACUAAGAUCGCUUCGGAUCGAAUUUUAAGAGGUGGUGCCAGAAAGUUACCUCCAGAGGAAAAGCGUAAAAAACAGACUAAAGAGCAAUUUGAUGAUCUACUGCAUGAAAUGGAUUAUGAAUCAGAUUCACAUACGGUAGACGAAGCAGUUGAACAAAAAAAAAUGUCAAAAGCACCACAUUUUACACAGAAAGUUUAAAAAUCAUCCAGCCCUUGUAAAAGCAAAUUUUCACAUUGACGAUCCAUCGAACUUGAUUUAUUUACCGAUAAGCGAAGAGAUACGAUCGGAAUGUGGUACACAAAGAUCUAUCCACAGAGGAAGGCACUCAAAUUUGGA